AUGGACGGAAGUUUCAUUAGAAAGUUCCCUCGAUCUAUCGGAAUGCUGAAGAAGCUUGAGGAGAUUCAUGCAUCACGCUGCAGGAGUUUGGAAAAAAUUCCUGAGGAGAUCAAAGGCUUGUCUCGUUUGAGAAAUUUGGUGUUGUCAGAUUCCAAUAUUCCCAGCCUACCAGGGAGCAUCUCUAGUCUUUCCCACCUUCAAAACCUUGAUUUAUAUGGCUGUGACAAUCUUCAUGAGGUUCCUCUGCUUCCCACUAGUUUAGCCACUUUGCAUCUCACUUAUGACUCAAGUAAAUUGAAGUCUUUGGAUAUUUCAAAUCUGACCAAUCUCAAAGAGUUGUACCUUGCCAAUAAUAUGGAGGAGGCAUCUCCCGGCACAGACGGAUAUUUGAUGGUGGAGCCAAUCAGCCUUUCGGGGAUUGGCAAAGUGACAAAAGUUGAGACCUUGAAAUUGUGCCUCCCAGGCUUCACUAAACUACCGGAAAUGGAUGCUCUCAAGCAGCUAAGGAAGCUUGAUCUUCAAUGUCCAGACCUACAACAUCUCCCACGACUACCCAAAAGUUUGAAAAAACUAACCCUCCGGGACUGCAAAUCCUUAAAGACAUUGCCGGAGCUUAAGUAUCUCAUGUCUCUAUCUGGAUUGGAGCUUCUGUUAUGUUCUGUAAUGGAAAUCGAAGGACUUCAAAAUCUCUCAUCCUUGGUAACCUUGCUUAUUUCUCACUGUGAGCUGGUAAAGCUAGACGGCCUCGAAUGCUUGACAUCCCUGAGAACAUUGACCAUCUCAUACUGUGAUUCCCUUCAAGGACUGCCAGAUUUGUCGAACUUGAAGAAGCUGAGAACGUGUCAUAUCCAACAUUGCAAGAACAUAACUCAAAAGGACAGCCUCUAG